GGAGCUACGUUAGGCUAAGGGACUGAGCGAAUCGACAACUAUGGCGGACAAGGUGCAGAUCACGAUGGAGAAGAUGGUCCCCGAGCUGGAGGACUUGCAGGCUCGCAAAAUCUUUUCAGCGGACGAGAUCCGUCAGAUCGUGGAUAAGCGUCGAGGCUUCGAGUACUCGCUGCAGCGCGUGCCACUGCGGAAAAUCGACGCCAUGCGCUACAUCGAGUACGAACUAAAGCUGGACGCGCUACGAGCCGCACGAAAGGAGCGUUUGGGUCUCGUCAAGGUCUCGCUCGGCGAUACUGCGGGCACCAAGCGCGUGCACAACAUCUUCGACCGCGUGCUGUUCAAGCACCGUGGCAGCGUCGAGCUCUGGCUGCAAUAUGUGGCGUUCUGCAAGCGAGAAGGAAGCAGUCGAGUGUUGUCCGCUGUGUUCUCCAGAGCGCUGCAGUCGCACCCACGCAGCGCUGAGCUCUGGAUCGAAGCCGCGUCCUAUGAAUUCGGCGUCAACCUCAACGUGGACUCGGCGCGUGUGCUCAUGCAGCGUGCGAUUCGUCUCAACAAACAUAACCAGAAGCUGUGGCUGGAAUACUUCCGUCUGGAGCUGCUGUACGUGCAGAAGUUGGCGAUGCGGCGUCAAGUGCUGCGUCUGGACGAGGAAGUACCGAAGCCUGUGGAUGACGAUGGAUCCACCGCGCUGAUUGACGAGCUUCCGGAAGAAAAAGACGCUAAAGAGGAGAUUUCGGAACAGAUGGCAGCCAAGAUGAACGCUAGAAAGCUCGUUCUGCAGGGUGCCAUUGCGAAGAUUGUGUACACGAACGCCAUUGCGGCGAUUCCGGACGACGUGGCGUUCCGACUAAAGUUUGUGGAGAUUCGUGACCUUUUCGGCUCACUCACAGCUGCGGAACUGUCAGACUUUAUCAUACAGGACUGCUUGGAGACUUUCCCGAAGAGCGAAAAGGUCCACGCUACUAAGGCGCUGCGUCCUCUUCUGACAGUGGAGGACAGUGCCGCUUCUCACUCUGGAGAGUCUUCGGAGGUGGAUAGUGCUGAUAUGUCCGAGGCUGAGCGUCAAGCUGAGCUGUUGGUCGUGCAGAACUUCGAGACAAGUAUCACGCAGCUGGACUCGGUCUCCAUGAAGGAAUUUUUCGCCGAGUGGAUGGUCGCUCGUCUGGCCUCUUCCAGUCAAACAGCCUUCUUGCUUGAGUAUGCGCGCGCCAAGCUGAAAGAGUUUGCUUUCUCGGAGACGUGUGCUUCAUCGCCGUCUCUCGCUAUCAAGUAUGUCGAUCUGACUCACCGCACGGACGGUACGAAUGACGCGUUUAUGGUCGUGCGGAAGAUCUGCGACGAGUGUCAGCCACAGUCGUCCGAGAUGUGGCUGCUGCAGUCUCAGCUCCUACUCCACUCGGAUUACGAAGAAGAGACCACAAGUCGAUCGCCUUCUAGUAAGCGACGUCGCACCUCGCGCAGCUCGUAUUCGAAGACCGUUAACAGCAACCCCUUGGCUGCUGCCGUUGCGGUACUGAAGACAGCUUUGACCAAGAUUGCUACAGAGGAUUACGACGCACAGUUUGCUGUUCACAGUCGCCUCCUCCAGCUGCUUAUUGGCAUUGCAGAGGCUGCAAGCGUCAUCGAGAAGGCAUUUAAAAACGCACUUGGCGCUCAGAAACGUGGCUCGUCACACUGGAGUGAUCUACGUCAGCAGUACGUGACUUGGACUGCUAGCGCAACUUCUCAACGCUCGCUGGAACAGACUCGUGCCUUGUACACCAAGUUCAUGGUGGACGAGCAGUUCCUGCCUUCCUCCGAGACAUACUCGUUCCUGUUGCUGUGCGUGGACAUCGAGACUUCUGCGACGUCAGUGGAUGUGCCGCAGGUGCGAAAGCUGUUCGAGAAACUCGUGGAGCUGUUCGGCUCGACCCACGAGGAUGUCUGGGUGCAGUAUGUGCGCUGUCUGUCUGAGCGUCUGGGGCUUUUCGCCGACGCCACGCGCGUGCAACAGCGAGCACUGCGCGUGUGGAAGGAAUCUACGGCACUCAUGCAGUACGCCUUCGCGGGCCUGUAG